AAGUAGCUAGCCAGUUAUAGUGGAGCGGAGCCAGCGGCUGCCCUCGCCCUGUCUCCUCCUGCCUCCUUACCUGUCACAGGACAACAUCCUUUCAUACAAAGUAGCAUUUAGGCUUUAACAGAUAGCAGUCCCUUCCACGCUGCUAGGGGAUACGGCUCGUUGUACAGCGGUCCAGUGUCAGUUACACACAGUGAGAUGCCAAGAAAGGCGCGCUUCACCUAUACAGCUCGUCGUGGCUUUUGCACUGAUUUUUGAGAAGCAUCACAGUGGUACUCCUAUUUCUCAACGUUAGCCGGCUGGCGAGGUGUGAAAAGUCAGUGUCAUGACUGGAGCUGAGACUGAGGAUGAUAUUCCAUUAGGCGAAAGGAAGACUGUCACAGAUUUCUGCUAUCUCCUGGACAAGUCCAAACAACUCUUCAAUGGGCUAAGAGACCUUCCUCAAUAUGGACACAAGCAGUGGCAGUCCUACUUUGGACGGACUUUUGAUGUCUACACUAAGCUGUGGAAGUUUCAGCAGCAGCACAGGCAGGUUCUGGACAGUCGGUAUGGCUUGAAGAGAUGGCAGAUUGGGGAAGUUGCAUCCAAAAUAGGACAGCUUUACUACCACUACUACCUUCGUACCUCAGAGACAAGUUACCUGAAUGAGGCCUUUUCAUUCUACUCAGCCAUCCGUCAGCGCUCCUACUACUUUCAGGUUAACAAAGAGGACAGGCCAGAAUUAGUAGUGAAGAAGCUUCGAUAUUAUGCCCGCUACAUAGUCGUCUGUUUACUGCUGAACAAGAUGGACCUAGUCAAAGUUUUGGUGAAGGAGUUAUCUGAGGAAAUCGAAGAUUACACACAGCGAUUCAACACAGAGGACCAAUUGGAAUGGAACCUGGUUCUACAGGAAGUGGCAGCUUUUGUAGAGGCAGAUCCAAUUGUAGUUCUGAAUGACAACAACUCUGUCGUUGUCACCAGCAAUCGGCUACAGGAGGGAAAUGUGCCUCCACUGGAACAAGGCAUGGUGGUUGGGCAGCUCGUCCUUGCAGAUGCACUAAUCAUCGGAAACUGUAACAACCAGGUGAAGUUCAGUGAGUUAACCAUCGAUAUGUUCCGCAUGCUUCAAGCUUUGGAGAGGGAACCUGUAAACCUGGCCACACAGACCUCGAAACAAGGAACGCUGGAACCCAAUGAGAAGCCAGCUAAAAGAGAAAACCCUCACAAGUAUUUGCUGUACAAGCCAACAUUCAGCCAGCUUUUUACUUUCUUGUCUGCCUCUUUUAAGGAAUUGCCUGCCAACAGCGUUCUGCUUGUCUACCUGUCUGCUACUGGAGUCUUCCCUACUGGACAUUCAGAUUAUGAAGGACCAUAUGAUUUUGGAGGAGUUCUCACAAAUACAAAUCGAGAUGUGGUGAACGGAGAGACGGUGCAGAAGAGGAAUCAGGCCCAGAAAGAAAUGCACUGCCUUCAUCCAGGGGACUUAUUCCCUUUCACCCGGAAGCCACUUUUUGUAAUUGUGGAUUCUUCAAACAGCAAAGCCUACAAGCAUUUCACAAAUCUGUUUGGACAGCCUCUGGUGUGCCUACUAUCACCUACAGUAUAUCCCAAGAGUGUGCAAGAUCAGUCUCAGCGUGGGAGUCUCUUCACUCUGUUCCUCUACAGCCCACUCUUGGCUUUCUCCUCUGUGUGCGGCUUAAACAGCGUGCACCGAGGCCUGUGGGAAAGGGCUCAAGAAUUUCUUCUUAAAGUCUACCGUGACAUUGGGCAGAUGAUAACUCGAUCACGGACCAUAGAUCAAGCCUUUUUGCAAUUCUUUGGUGAUGAGUUCCUUCGGCUGCUUCUGAUCCGCUUUGUGUUCUGCUCAGCUGCACUGAGACUGCAUAAACUCUUCCGGGAGUCCAAGAGUUUCCCCGAGUCGUACCCUGAGCUCCCUAAACAGGAUACAGUGGAGAGCAGCCUUCUACAGAAGCAUAUUUUGGAGCUUGCGACCAUGCUGGACGUGCAGAACCUAUUUUGGGAUGAUCCACUGGAAGCCUACUAACCUCUUGUCACAGGGCAAAAUGGCACACAUGUACAUACAGACUCAACUGCCAGAGCCCUCACAGUUGUCUUGGUUUUUCAUCUUUUUCUUUUUUACAGGUAAUGAAAUAACUGAUUCAGCACAUACAAGUUAAUGUCCUGCAUUUAACGGUUACUUGUGGUAGCAAAUGCAGUGCAACAUUAAAAUGUUCACAUAGAUAAGCCAGAGAGUUGAAUAUAGUAUAAAUUCUACAUUUUGAGUCUCAGUCGCGUAAAUAAAAGCAUCAUGUAAGACAUAAGGGUAAACAAACAAGUGAGAGGCUGCAAAUAACUUUUCUACUCACCAUUCCCCAUCCAAAUGUAAAGUUAAGAACUGCAGCCUCUAACUAUAUUCCCCAUGUCAGAUAAUUGUUGGCAGUCUUGUUUUUGUGUUUUUUUAUUUUAAUUUAUAAUAUUUAUCAAUGUUUUUUAGAGUGAAGGCUGUGUAAGCCUUAAGGAUGUGACUUUAUCUGUAUGAAGGUACUGCAGUAUGUUGAGAGAACACAGCGCUAAAGAAAACCCUUCACUGCGUCAGUAAAUAUUAAAAACAAUUAUAAUGUUGGCACAUUAAUCGCACACGAGGUUGGAAUUGGAAAGAUUUCACCAAAAACGUUAUUACUGGUAUUUGCCAAACAGUGCUUGCUGUGUAACAGCUUAAGUUGUAGCAGGCUGAGGUGCAUGAGGUCAUGUUCUGCUUCGUGCUGUAGCUCCUCAUUAGUUGUAAAGAUAUCACACUCUUUCUUGGCAUUAACCAGCAAUCCAUAUAAUACCUUUAAUAGUCCAUUGUUAAGGCUUUGUGCAUUUUGAAAGAGGUUGUUAUUGCGUUUCCAUAUCACUGUGCUGUAUUUGCAUGCAAAAAGGCAAAGAAAUGUAUCCAUUUAGUUGUUUUAUCCACAAAGAAUGACCUCCGCCUUUAAGGAUGGAGCCAGUGCAUGUGUUGCAUGGGCCCGUAUAUUUUGUAGUUGUGUAAACAAAUGAAGACAAUCUAGUUUGAUAACAGAGGGAAUGAAGGAAGGUAGCAUGGUAUGCACACCAGCAUUUUUUCACCGACAACAUUCACCAUUCUGUUUAUUACUUAAAUGACACCAAAACACCUCUGUAUCCUAAAUGAUGAAGGAUGCCGGGUGCAUGACUGGAAUACCAUUGGCAGCACCAGUCAUCUUCCUCAUGCAGACAGGUCACUGACAUGUCCGCUUCAUGGGUUUUAAUUUGACCUUUGAUCCACUGCUUCAAGCUAACAGACGCUGCCAUCUCUGUGGGUUACUGGCAUCACACAAAGAUCAAAUGUAGUGAAAAGAGGGGAAGCUCGGGUGGAGCCGAGGGGAUGAACAUUCCCUGCAUUGUAAAACAUCCCAGGACCAUCAUUCAUCCCUCUCUCUUCCAGUCGUUUCUGUCUCCACCUUUUGUCAGACAAAGAUCUACAGAUAUUCAUCGGGCCCUGAAUCAAAGAAGGGUCAGAGAACGGUUGAACCUGAACAAAAACAGCUCGCACUUCCAGAGACAGUCUAACGAGCCUUUCAUUCACUUGAUGUAUUGCUUCUGUUUGAGUUUUGUUCUGCAGUAGACCGCUGUCAGACUGGUGCCAGAAUGAAAUCCCCCACGCUGUCUCACAGUGCGGAUAUUUCUUUCCACACUCACAGCUGAUGGCAGAAUUAAGAGAACCCAGAGUUCUGGUUAGUGGAGAAAAGGUGUGCUUGUUGUUCAGUGGUCAUGAGAAAACCAGAAGAAUUUCCACAAUCAAUUCAUCGAUAGGUUCUAAAUUUAGACUAAAUAAUUGGUGUGCAAAUAAAAAAUGAACAAUGUAUUAAUAUUAUAUUUAGCUUCACAGAACAGAAGGUUUUGAUGCAGCUCCAUGCUGCUGCAGGUUUCUCAAUUGUCAUCAGUAAUAGGUACCAUUGUAAACUAGCAGAAUGGCCCAGAGAUGGCAGAGUCUGUCAGCAUGUGUCCGUCCAAUACUUUGACCCUUACAAGGAUAUUUCAAGUGUCUGAAGUGGGAGGAAACUGCUGAUUUGCUAAAAGGUAGAUUCCUAAAGAAUUUGAUUCCUGCCUAAACAUUUGGUUCAAGACAGAGAAACUACUGACUACAAAAUGUGCCGUGUUGUGAUGCUGAGACUGAAAGCAGCUGACCGUUAACUGCCCUGACCACAAUGUAAAACAACGCAGCGAAGCAGGAAGUAGCUAAACCAGCUGGAUGGGAUUAAGGUUUUUGAAUUGACAGAAAUGAUAAGAACACUAUUUUUUAGGGUUUCUUAUAGUUAUUGCCGUCGGUAGAGUAUGUGUACAAAUAAUGUAAAGCAAUGUUUUGGCACAGAUGUGUUUGUUCAGUAUUUAGCAAGUCUAUGAAAUGUGUUAUGAAAUAUGAAGUUAAACUUAAGAAGGAGCAAAAUGUUAAUGAGGCCAGUUUGUUCUUUGGCCAUUUUUCUAAGUAUGUUACAUUCCAACUGUCCAAGGACUUGAAGAGAGGCAGAGGAAAACUACCGCUGUUUUCUCCAUUUUACAUUUGUCUGGGAAAGUGAGCCGUUUCUACAUUUUCUUCAUUUUCCAUUGUAACGUCAACCUCCACGUUCCCUUGUGUUGAGGAUUAAGAUAUUGUAGGCUUGCACUUUAUGAAGUUUAAUAUUGUUAUGAUCUUGUUGUUGUGCUUUUGGGGGGGGAAAAAGAGAAAAGAUCCUUCAUGUGAGUGUUCUUCAUGCCAGCCCUUCACACUGGUGACCUUCUUUUUUACAAAGUGAAAUGUGUGUCAGUGAUUUCAAACUUUUCAUGUGCUGUCACUUUUUGAACAGCCUCUGCCUGAAAUGUGUCAAACGUGUUGGCUGAGUUCCAAAAAGUCUUGAAUAUGCAGCAUUUCCAUGUUCAGUUCCAUUUAAGAAAUCCAUGUGCUUUAUAGGCAGUGGUGCUCUAAAAACAAUGCUGUCGGUGCAACGCAGGUCAUGAUCCUAAAGGAAUAUCAACAACAAGACUAACAUUUCACAUGUUUGGAUUUCAAUCCGGAAAGAAUAGGUGAAGAAAUGUCAGAUAUUGACAAGUUUGUACGUUUAGUCUCAAAAACGUGUGUUAAUAUGUUUCUAACAUGUUGUACGGUAUGCUCCCUGAACUGAACAUCUAUUAAAAUAUCAAAGGCACAAAAUAAGCAUUAUUUAAUAGAAACCCCAAACAGUGCAGUGACAGUGUACUCUGAUCAUAAUCAUCACUAUAAAAGAAACAUGACUUUGAGCUUCUGGUGACGCCGCAGUGAUUCAUAUUUUCUACAAUCAUGAACACAACCAGUUAAUUUAUGAUGUAGUACCAGUGGGAUCAUUAGUGCAGAAAAAGUAUGAAUCUGAAUGCGCUUGUUGUAUUCCCUCACCUGCUCCUUGAAAAAGGAUUGUGCUUUGUGUGUGUGAAUAUUUGUUCACACACACAAAGAUACCCAGCAGCUUGUGGAGCAUCACUGGGGCAACAGUGUAAAUUGAUUCUGAGGAAAAUGGCAUUUCCUGCUUCACUCAUAACUGAUGGGUGUGUCAGAGCAGAGUACCCAAAGUCGUACAUUUGUUUUAACACAAGAUCUUAGGGAGAAAUCUUAUGUUGUCGAGAUGAUUUGUGCAAACCACAUACUAAGAAGGUAUUUACUUGUGAAAACAAGACACUAACUUCUGCCAACUGGAUAACUGAAGAAGAUGGCUUGAGCAAGCAAGUUCUAAAGAUAUUCAGAUAACUUGAAUAUAAUUAUUAUGUGCUUAUGUGCCAACAAGAUAUUAACGUGCGCAAAUAAGAUGAUUGAUGUGUUUGUGCAUUUCAAGUGUUUGGUGGCUGAUCUACAACAUCACAGAUCAUAUUCUACUCGUGGAUCAUAAAGAUGAUGAUAAACCCAUUCAAGCAACAUAAGCUUUCUCUUUACCUAUAACCUAUUGUAAGAAUAGUUUACAAACUGCUGAGUGUUCAAAGAUAUUUCUAGUGGUUCAUGUUGUACGACCUGAUUUUGCCUUAUUGUAUAAAAGUUUUUUUGGAGAAUUUGAGAUAUCAAAAUAUACUUACUUUUGCAUUCCUGGACCCAUAUCGGGGUUUGUUGUCUUUUUCUUAUUCCCAUGCAUAACAGUUCAAACUUAGAUAAACAUAGAUGAUGUUUCAAGCAGCUAAAAUAAAGUUUCCUUGCAGAAAAUGUCUCUGCUACAUAAAACAUAAUCAGUCAAAAUUCAUACCGAGAAGAAAAGCAGAUGAGCAUUGAUAUGCCAGUUACUAAAACAGCAACAGGGAGGGUUUGAAGGUGUUAGGCGUGAGGUCUGGUGAGACUAAUCAGUGCUCACCAAGCAUAACCAGAGCACAAGAAAUCUACUUAUUUUUGACGAGCACAAAAGCCACAGCUCCAUAUAAUGGAACCCACAUCCACUGAGAAGCAUGUUGAAGCCUCUUGGGAACACAACACAAAUAACUGCCGACUGAUCAAUCCUGUUUUCUCCCCCAGGUAUGCAGGGGUCAUUUCUACCUUUUUAUACUUGUGUAUAAAUGUCCAAAAGAUGGGUGCAGCCUUCCUUUAUAGCAACAUGUGUGACUUGCUUAUUGUGAUUUUGAGUCAGUGUCAAAAUGUCAAAUGUAUUUUCAAAAAUUCUGUUUUAAAAAAUGCACAGAGGAUUUUCUCUGUAAGCAGCAUGUUUGUUUAGAAUAGAAAGUGCCAAAGACUGGUGUACUCUUGCUUUCCCAUCUUAACAAUGAUUGAGAUCAAUUAUUGUAUCAGAUGGUUUUUUGGGGGGGUUUCUGUGUUGCCAGAAAGAGCCAAUAAAUAAAAAGAAAAUGUGG